GAAGAGUGGGGGCAAGACAGCUACGUGUGUCUGUCCGUCGCUCUUGUCAGCGACAAUACACUCACAGAAGGAUGAGUGGUCGUGUGUUUCUGCCUGACUCGCUGGAGCAGCCGACGAGAGUUGGCUAUGAAGAGGACGGGGCCAUAUACAAAUUCUGGAAGGUCGAGGACUUCUUUGCAGGCUUCGAUACCGUGCCGGAUCCGAGCCAUGUCGACCAGUCGACACCCUACUUCGACGGGAUGAUGGCCCCUUACUCGCCCGUCACAGGACCCUUAAAGGGUGUUCAGGUCUCGCCAGACGAUGCCCUAACGCUCGAGGUGACGCUGACGGACACGAGCUUACUCCUCAUCGAGCUCAUUCGAUUCGACACCUUUCGCAUCCGUUGGGGUCCCGCCAAGACGAAAGCCUCGCAGUACAGCAUGAGGCUCUCACCCUCGAUCGUCAUGGACAGCCUGGGAGAACUUCGUGCGAGGUUGCAACAAGAUGAAGAUUACAAGCUCACUGCUGUCGGUCAAGACCUCGCACAGGACCAUGACGACGCUCGCUUCGAAUGGAGCGUACGAAGAGACGGACUAGAAACGAUGAAGAUUAUUGUUCGCUUGGCUGACUUCUCGCUCGAGGCAUGGCGGAAUGUGGGGCAGAACGUGGCGCCUGGUCAGACGCAAGGAGCGUCCAAGUGGGCCUGCGUCUGGUCUACGACAUCGGCCACCGAUGGGUCGACGGUCCCGCCACUCUUGGCUCGCAAGGAUCCCGAGGGAAACUAUGCUGUAUGCUUUGGCGUGACAAAGCGCGGCAAAUCUUUGGGCUAUGGAGAGCAGGGUGGUCUGUCGCUCUUCAAGGAAAAACAGAUGCUCAAUAACUUCAACUACGACAAUAUGGGCUACUCUGCCGUGUAUGGCCAGCAGGCCAUUGAUCCUCGCGAGCCCAUGUACCAUAGCGACCCUUUCUGGGUCGAGGUCGAUGGCGUCGCAGGGUACAAGUCGGCCGUGGGCACCUUUGUUGACGACUAUUCUCAGAUUCUCGUCGAUGUUGCGACGAAACACGCGGCUGUACAACGUGUUGGAAGCCGAUUUGGAGACCUCGAAGUUCAUAUCAAUUGCGCUGAUGACUUAGCAGGUGCCUGCUUCGCGCACGCAAGCACCGUGGGACGGACAAAGCUCUUUCCCAGAUAUGUUCUGGGCUACCAUCAGGGCUGCUACGGCUGGGACACCCGUCAGAAAGUCAUCGACGCUGUCGAAAAACACCGUCGGUACGGCAUUCCCCUUGAUGGGGCACACAUCGACGUUGAUCUGCAAGAUCAUUACAGAACCUUCACGAUGGAUCAGGGUCCCAAUGGCAAAUUCAAAGACGCCAAGGGCAUGUUCACUCAUCUCAAGAGUCUCGGGGUCAAGUGCAGCACCAACAUCACGCCUGUAAUCGCCUCGGUGGACAAUGACAAGAGGAAUUAUUGGGAGAACGGGAGCCAAGCGCGACAGCAAUAUCGAACCCUCGAUGAGGGCCUCAAGCUCAACGUCUUCGUUAAAGACCAUCGAUGGAAUGCUCCCAGCAAUCCGCCCGUCUACGCCUACUGGGAAGGAGGUCAAGAACACAAGUGGGCUCCUGCAUCGAUCGACAACUACAACGAUGGGGCUUCGGCCUUUCGAGGCGGCGUCAGUUACGGCGAAAAUCUCGGCACGGAUGGCGUCUAUCCAGAUUUUGGACGCAAGGCCGUGCGCGACUGGUGGGGGCGUCAAUACAAGGAUCUACUUGAUGACGGCCUGGAAAUGGUCUGGCAAGAUAUGACGACGCCGUGCAUCCGAACGGGUGCUGGCGACAUGAAGUCUUUUCCCUUUCGACUCUUGCUCUCGGACGAUUCCACCAGCGGUCGUCAACAGGAGGGUAUACUCUCGGCGGCCGUCAAGAUCCAGAACCUGUACUCCUACAAUCUCCAUAAGGCCACAUAUCACGGCCUUCAGCGCCAAUCGAGCCGGCGGGACCUGCGAAACUUCAUCGUCGGCAGAGGUUCUUUCACAGGCGCGCACCGCUUUGCGGCCCUCUGGACGGGCGACACGACAUCUUCGUGGGACUUUUUGAGAAUCAUGCUUCAACAGGUUCUCAGCUGUGGCAUUGGCGGUACGAUUCUGGCGGGGGCAGACGUCGGCGGCUUCGAGAGAUUCCCGUGGACUUCGCAGUGGGCCGACCCUCAGCUUCUGAUCCGAUGGACCUUGGCCAAUUCCCUUCUUCCAUGGUUUAGAAAUCACUACAUGGGCAAGCCGGGCGCAAAGCUGUUCCAGGAACCGUACGGGUACUACGAGUACGCCGCGAACAUGGGCGAUCAGGCGCCUCUCUACCGAGCCGUACUGCCCAUAUGUCGCUACUUUAUUACGCUUCGUUACACUCUCAUGCAGCUCCUUUACGACCAGCUCUUUGGAAGCCUCUUCGAUGGGAAGCCCAUCGCGCGCUCCAUGCUCGCUACGGAUCCUUGGGAUCUGAGCCUGUGCAAUGACCACCAGAAUUUCCUCUCAGAGCAGUUCGUCAUCGGAAACGAUCUCUUCGUCGCACCCGUCGUCCAUUCGCAGCAAGAGCUGGCCACCUUUGCCAAGUCGGACUUUGACGUAUACUUGCCUCGCUCGAGCCGCUACUUUGACUUCAACCUUCACCUCUUGUCUAGCGGCGAUCUUGGUCCCCUGACAAGCAACUGGGCUCCUUUGUCCGGUGCUCGGCCCGGAGGCCAAGUCUUUGAGUACAUUACCAGCAUCGACCGGUACGUCCUUGGCGACGUCGGUCACCUUCCCUAUCUCCUUCCCACCUUUGUGCGCGAGGGCGCGAUAAUCCCCACAAUCCAGAUCGAGAGCUAUGUGCGCCAGCUCCGGCCAAAUCCCAUCACGCUCCAUUGCUACCCGAUCAGCGAUGGCAGGCCCAAGACGUCUUACGACAUGUAUCUCGACGAUGGCAUCUCGAGGGCAUCUGCUCCAUCCCAUCUGCCUCAGUUUGAUCUCGAUAGGGAGUCAGAGGCCAAGUCCGAUUAUCGACACAUUCGUGUCGAACAGCAGCGUACAGGAGACGUCCGGACCAUCACCCUGACGCUUGUCCAUUCCAAGUACGAUCUGCAAAGGACAAAAGCAGACAUCGGAGACAAGUUGACACUAUACGUCUGGCACGAGGUCGACGAGGCCGAACGUGCCCAGAAGGGCUUGUCCAUCGGUGUUGCCAAAGGUGCUCCCCCGUCUCCAUCCACCGAUGACUCGGCCAGAUGGGAUUUCGAUGCAACCAUCAACGCCACGAUCAUUUCUGUAGAUGUUGACGAUGUCGAUGUCAGGCAAGUCACGGUCACGCUACCGUAAUUGUCGUGUCUCUUAGAGAGGCUUGAUCAAAUGAGAAAAAAAAACGAUUUUGACCGA